AUGGAUGUACUAAAGAAGAAUUGGUACACAGAGUCAUGUGAUAUGUGGCCAGGAGGCACUUUCUCGUUUGAGGUGAAGGAAAUUCUGCACCAAGAGAAAUCACAGUAUCAGGAUAUAGUUGUCUGUGAUACCACAAGUUUUGGCAGAGUUUUGCUGUUGGAUGGCAUUAUACAAUGUACACAAAAAGAUGAAUUUUCCUACCAGGAAAUGUUAUCCUUCCUACCAUUAUGUAGUCACAAAAACCCCGAGAAAGUUCUGAUUGUUGGUGGGGGCGAUGGUGGUGUUGCCAGGGAGGUGGCCAAGCAUCCAAAAGUCAAAGAAAUUGUUCAGGUUGAGAUCGAUGCGAGAGUAGUGGAGGUGUCAAAAAAGUACCUACCCUUCAUGGCGGUGGGUUUCGAGAGCGAAAAGCUCACUCUGCACAUAGGCGACGGCUUCGAGUUCAUGAAGAACCACAGCGGGCAGUUCGACGUGAUAAUAACGGACAGCAGCGAUCCUAUUGGGCCAGCGGUGAGCCUAUUCCAAGAGAGCUACUUCGCUCUGAUGAGGAGCGCGCUCAAACCGAACGGUAUUGUCUGCUCACAAGCGGGAACCUUCUGGAACGAUAUGGAACUGGUCACCAACACCCUGAAGUAUUGCCGCAACCAGUUCCCGGUGGGCGCCUACGCUUACACGUCGGUCGCGACAUACCCCUCGGGCCUGAUAGGGUUCGUGAUAGGCUCGCUGGACCCAGAAGUCAAGUUUGGCAGCCCACAGAUCAAGUUCACCCGCGAGGAGGAGCGGGCGAUGAGCCUCCGAUAUUACAAUAGUGACAUACACAAGGCAGCCUUCACGCUGCCCACUUUUAUAAGAGACCAACUGGCC